AUGGAUAAAGGUGAAUUGGAUGUCAACAGCGUGAAUGUGGACGUGUCGAUGAAUGAUUCAAGUCGUCACAAAAUAAAAGAAAUUACGUUUAGAGAGGAUGAGGUAUUAAGAAGUUUCGGUAUCACGCGACGAGUUACCGCAAAAGCAGCUUUUUCUACAGUAACUAAUAAAGAGACCAUACAAAUAUUGGUGAACGGAACUUUCAUGGAUGCGCCCAUGGUUCUUCGAGUUAAAUG